ACCUACCAACCUUGUAAUGGUGAGGGAUGGUACGACCUUCCUCUGUGGAAUCCCGAGAAUACAGAGGACGGGAACAUCUCUCUGGUGGGUUCCCAUGACUGGAUCCAUCUACCUGAAGAUGGAGAGGGAUGGUGUGACCUUCCUGUGUGGAAUCCCGGGAAAACAGAUGACGGGGACAUCUCUCUGGUGGGUUCCUGUGAUUGUUCCUCACCUAUCUGAUGAUGGUGAGGGAUGGUGUGACCUUCCUGUGUGGAAUCCCGGGAAUACAGAGGACGGGGACAUCUCUCUGGUGGGUUCCCAUGACUGGAUCCACCUACCUGAUGAUGGUGAGGGAUGGUGUGACCUUCCUGUGUGGAAUCCCGGGAAUACAGAGGACGAGGACAUCUCUCUGGUG